AUGCCGACAACUGACUUUGACAAGAUCAUCAUGGAAAAUUCAACGGACAUGAAUAAUAGUAGAGCUAUGGACGAGGAGAUGGAGCCAUCUUUAGAAGCUCAAGGCAAGUUUGGGGAUGAUGGCAUGCUGCAGUACGUGCCAUCGGGUGAUGUAAUCAAUCCUGCAGAAUAUGUCUCACUUGGUGAUGGCACGAUCCGAGCUUGUCAGUUCUUGAGGCAAAAUGGCACCGUCAACGAAACUACAAUUUAUUCCUUUUUCCGCUACUCACCCACACAAACAACCCUUAGCCUGGCAGGCACAACCCUGUCGCUGGCGUCUCUAUUCAUUACGCUUGUUUGCUACAUCACGUUUCCUACACUCCGUCGACUAGUCAGCAACCAGCUAAUCAUGGCUUUUUGCGGAACGCUCUUUGUUGCACAGUGUCUUUUCUUGUUCGGCGGUAUGGCCAGUUCGGUGUCCCAAAACCUGUGCAGAACCCUCGCGGCGUUCUUACACUUCUUUUGGUUGUCUGUGUUCACCCUGUCCUCUUCAAUCGCAUUCGAUCUUCGUCGGACCUUUGGAUCUAACAAGACUAUCAGGGUAUCUACGGCAAGUCGCAAGGUCUUGUUACUUUACAUAGCAGUCGCCACUGGGAUACCCUUGUUAAUUGUGGUUAUCAGUCUGAUUCUGAGUGUCUUCAUAGGUGAUGACAUUGAUUUGCAUUACGGUAACGAGUUAGCUUGUUGGGUUGGAGGUGGAAAAGCCAACCUCGUCGUGUUUGGUGUGCCAGUUGUUGUCCUGUUGGCGUUCAACUUCUCCUGCUUCAUUGAUACAAUACGUGGCAUAUCCCAUUCCAAAAGGGACAGCAUGACCUUACACGAGGGAACAGAAAAUCGAAGCAACCAUCAGGAACUUCUCAAAAUCGCCAUAAAGAUCUCUUCGCUCAUGGGUUUCACAUGGCUGUUCGGCUUCGUAGCUGCUUUCAGUAAACAUCAAGCCGUCUGGUAUAUCUUCAUCAUCCUCAACUCACUCCAGGGAGUGUACAUCUUUCUGGCUUUCGCUGCUACCCGCAGAGUGUUCGAUCUAUGGCGUGGUCUAGUGCUGGAGAAGACCGUCGAUACCAGCCUUCGUGAUUCCUCUCUGCAGCUUAGGGAUAGGUCGACGUCGAGCUCUGUACAAAAGACAUCCAUAUAAGUGAUGCGACAUGAAUUGGGGGGGGGGAUUUGUUGACGAGACCAUCAACCAUU